AUGUCGGGUAAAGUCCCUGUAUACAGAUUACCGCCUUUGCCUAGGCUGAAGGUCAAGAAGCCUAUAGUCCAGCAGGAAGCCAACAAGUGCCUUGUAUUGAUGUCAAACUUGCUGCAAUGUUGGUCCUCCAAUGGCCACAUGAACCCCGUCUGCGAGAAUCUGGUCAAGGACCUGAAGGCUUGCUCUUCCGAAAGUGCUAUGGGAAAAAACUCCGGCGUUCAAAAGAGUAACAUAAACUACCACGCAGCAAGACUGUAUGACCGCGUUUCAGGCAAGCCCAACGACUAG